ACCAAUCAGAAUUGGUCACAAAUGCUGAAAAGCAAUAUAGCUGCUACGUCAGUUGUUACAAUCGAAGGUUAGACAGAAUUUGAAAUUUAAAAUAGAAAAACUGUUGAGAAGCAAUGCCGACGUGUUGCAUAAAGAAUUGUACAAGUCGCACAGACGGUAUAUAUAAGAAAAAUAUUAAAUUUUUUAGAUUUCCUAAAGAAACUGACAUUAGUCAGCGAUGGCUUCAAGUUUGUCAAAGGAAUGAAAUAAAUACGAAAAUUGAUUCGGCAUUUAUAUGCGAGCUGCAUUUUGAAGCAGAUUGCUUCGAAAUGAAAUGGACAAAGCCACAUUCGAGCAACGUGCCUGCUAAACAAUUAAAGAGAUUAAAAAAGGGUAGUAUUCCUUCAAAAAUGUUAAUAAUAGAAAAAACUAGAAAAAGAACAUAUACGCAAAUUAUAAAAACAGAUAAUAUGGAGCAAUUAAAUGAUGAAAAUAUAAAUAAAAUUGCUGAUCACGAAAAUGUCUCUGUAAAAACGUUACUGAAUUUGCUGACGAAAAUAGAGGAAGAAAAGAAAAAGCUCUCAAUAGAAAUAAAUCAAUUGAUAAAAAGGAAUCAAGAACUUGUUGAAAAAAAUAUACAACUAUGUCAACAAGUAGAACAGUUGCAAACAAGCGUGGAGGAAAAAUCUCGUAUUAUUAGAGAAACGAUCAUUGUACAUAGGCAGAAGGAAGCCGAAAAAAUAGCUACAGAAUUCUUGCGCAAAAUAUUUACAUCUGGUCAAAUAAAAAAAGUAAUAUCACUCAAUAACAAACGGAUCAAAUGGUCAUCCGAAGAUAUUAUAUCUGCAAUCGGCCUGCGAUCAUUAAGUCCAAAGGCUUAUCGUUAUUUAAGAGAGGUAAAAAAUAUACCACUGCCGUGCAUGACAACCUUGCAAAACUGGUGUGCAGCUUUUAAUGUUCCACCUGGCAUUUUAAAAAACACAUUGAAAGAAAGGAACAAAAAAUAUAUGGUUCUCAUAAAACAUGUCAGUUUAUUAUGGCACGAGGAUUAUUUAAAAAAUGGAAACAACUAUAUUUUACGAUUUUGA